GGCAAAGAAACACUCCGUCCAUUUGCAGAAAUCGCCUGCGGGAACGUUACAUCAAAACUAAUCAUAACGAUUAAAAUCAGCUUUGCUGUGCGAGAGGAAGCCAAUAUGGAAGUUUGAGACAGGCGUUCGCGAUUUUAUGAAGAAAUAUAAAAUAAAUGUUCCAUAAAGGCCGACGCACUGUUGUAGUGAUGUUUUUUGCUAGGAGUUUUAUUCUGCAGAUUGGUUUAGACUGGGGUAGAGACAUGAGCUAAUUGUAUCCUGAUCUUUGCCUUGAGGGGUUUGGAGCCCUGGAGCAAGUAUUCUCUGUAUUUUGUUCUGUCUACCUUAGCCAAGCUAUUGCAUUUCUCACUGGUGUAGGAAGAGAAGCAGAUCGCAGGCGAAAUCUGAGGGAAAGGAUUCUCAAAUAUACUUUAUGCCCGUCCAUGUUUCAGAUCUCUUGCGGGGCUGACCUAUACCCGUGCGCAGGGAAUUCCACGGUACAGAGGUGCCACUGCAAAUAUUUAGAUACUCCCUGGCGGAAGUCUGGAUCUAUGUUUGCAUCUUUGUAGCUGUGAUGUUAUGGAGACAAAACAUGAUAUAUAUGGAUAACCGUUCCAGCAUGUCCAGGCCAAUGAUCACCAGAUCGCCAGCGUCCCCCCUGAGUAACCAGGGCAUCCCGACACCCGCCCAGCUCACCAAGUCCAACGCCCCUGUGCACAUCGACGUGGGCGGGCACAUGUACACCAGCAGUCUGGCCACGUUAACCAAGUACCCAGAGUCCAGAAUCGGCCGUCUCUUUGAUGGCACAGAGCCCAUAGUGUUGGACAGUCUGAAGCAGCACUACUUCAUUGACAGGGACGGACACAUGUUCCGCUACAUCCUCAACUUCCUCAGGACUUCCAAGCUCCUCAUCCCAGACGACUUCAAAGACUAUAGCCUGCUGUACGAGGAGGCCCGGUACUUCCAGCUGCAGCCCUUGCUGGCCGAACUGGAGCACUGGCGCCAGGAUCGCGACCUGGCCAGGGUGUCACGCCCCUGCGAGUGCCUGGUGGUACGCGUGGCGCCCGACCUAGGAGAGAGGAUAACGCUGAGCGGAGAUAAGGCCCUCAUCGAGGACGUGUUCCCGGAGAUCGGCGACGUCAUGUGCAACUCGGUCAAUGCCGGCUGGAACCACGACUCCACACACGUCAUCCGCUUCCCGCUCAAUGGAUACUGUCAUCUCAACUCUGUCCAGGUGUUGGAGCGUCUGCAGCAGCGUGGCUUUGAGAUCGCCGGCUCCUGCGGUGGAGGCGUCGACUCUUCCCAGUUCAGCGAGUACGUCCUGAGGAGGGAACUGAGGAGGGCGGGCCAGCGAGGGCCUAACUCAAACAGGAUAAAACAGGAGCAGCUAGACUAGAGACCUCCCAGAAACUGGGGGCGCUAGACUCUUCUUCUUUUUUUUUUUUUGGUGGAAGCCAAGCGCUCAUCGGGACGCAGCAGAGCUCUGUGGACUCUGAGGCCAUUCUUGCGAACAUUAGAAUAAGUUUUUAAAUGUAUACUUUUUCUCAGUCUCAUAAUGCGCAUCAGCUCAUUAGAAUCAUUGACGAAGUUGCACAUGUUCAAACGCUACAUAUUAGCUUUUCCCAUCAGAGAACCUGACCUCUGCUAACCUAGCAAGCUGGCAGGGAUUGUUUCUUAUAACAAACUCUGCAUCAGCCUAUCAAAGGUCUUACUAUCCACCAACCAAUGACACCAAGGGGGCUCCCGAGUGGCGCAGUGGUCUAAGAAACUGCAUCUCAGUACAAGAGGCACUGCAGUACCUGGUUUGAAUCCAGGCUGCACCACAUCCGGCCGUGAUUGGGAGUUCCAUAGGGCGGCGCACAUUUGGCCCAGCAUCGCCCGGAGUAGGCCAGCAUCGCCCGGGGUAGGCCAGCAUCGCCCGGGGUAGGCCGUCGUUGUAAAUAAAACAUUUGUUCUCAACUGACUUGUCUAGUUAAAUAGAGGUAAAAUACAAAACAUACUUAAAAUAAUACAACUUGGACACCAGAGGGGUAUUUUUAAACCUCUAAGUUUACUUUUAUUCCUCUUGGUCUGUCUCAAGUGUGGAGUGCCAGUAUUGCAUGAUGCAUCCUUGACUAGGCUACUAGCUUGGUUAUCUGAUGGGAACAGGUACCAUAUAGCGUUUGAUCACGUGCAACUAUGUCAACGAUUUGAAUUUUCUGAUGCGCAUUUUGAGACCGAGGGGAAAAGUUUAAAUUUAAAGUAUUAUAAUGUACGCAAGUAUGGCACCAUGCAGCGCAUUAUCUUUCUGUUGUUGUUUCUUUGUCGGUAUGUUUUUACAACUCGAGAGGAACCACUGAGAAAGAGAGAAAAUAAGGUGUGGCUGGAGAUUGUUGUUGUUGUUGCCGUAAGAGAUGCAGAACAUCUGAGUUCAUAUCUCAAGGACAUUUGUGAAUGUUCAAGCCCCCCCCCCAAUGAGAGGGAUCAUAUUUCCGCAGGGUCCCCAAGUAAAGUUUGUUUUAAAACUUUGAACCUACGGUUAGACAUGAUCAAGACCACAUAAAAUGUUAAUGGUUUGGCGGCACAUGUAGUGCAAAGGCCUCUCACCAGAAAUGUGUAGUUUUUAAUUUACCCGCCUCCACAAAGUCACAUUUUUCUGCCACACUGUAAUGUGUUGCAGGAUCUCCGUUCACAUAACCACCAUUAUUUUGAACCGAAUAUGAUGCAUUCUUCUCCACACUCUUAUUCACACAGGAUGUUUAAGUAUUGUGAUACAUGCAAAUUACGUGUUUGUUUUUAAAAUCGGAGUUAGCUUAUUGGAUUUUAUGCUAUGAAAUAAGAGUUCACAGUAUUAUCAAGAUUUUAUGUCAUAAACCAUUCUAUACUCACUACAUGAAAAGUCGAUUCUAAGAAAUGGCACAGAAUUGCCUCUUUGUUAGGGGACUAAGACUAGAGAACAGAGGUCAUUUAGAGGAUCAUAAGAUCGACCUUGUGAAAUGGAUACCUUUUUUAAACUGAAUAAUGUUGCCUCAUUAAUGACUGCAUAUUAUAAGACCCACAUUUUAAGAAUUACUCUUAGGAUAGAUCAAUGAUAUGAAGUUUGAUCAUCGUGAACUAUUUCCAACGCGAUCUACCUACACUCCUUAGAUUUGAGUAAAGAGGAAUGUAGCACUAAAAUGUGAAAUAAAUCUUCAACCAAAGUUGUACCGAUGAAUGAC